AGGCAGGAGCAGACUGUCCCUCCUCGCAGCUCCCCGAUCCCGGGGUUUGGUGACGGACCGGGCAGGGCGGACUUGGUUCCUCCAGGCUGCACUGACGCUGCCCCGCCGGCCGCCCAUGGACUCUUCUGGAGGCAGGAGGCAGCAGGCAGCGGGGCCCAGGGAGAGGAGGGCUCACAGACCCCGGGAGCAGGAUGCGAACGUGCGAUUGUCCAAAGCCCUGUCCUACGCCCUGCGCCACGGCGCUCUGAAGUUGGGGCUUCCCAUGGGGGCCGACGGCUUUGUGCCCCUGAGCGCCCUCCUGCAGCUGCCUCAGUUCCGAGGCUUCUCUGAGGAAGACGUGCGGCGCGUGGUGGACACCAAUGAGAAGCAGCGGUUCGCCCUUCAGCCAGGGGACCCCGGUACUGGCCCCCUCAUCCGGGCCAAUCAGGGCCACUCCCUACAGGUGCCUGAGCUGGAGCUGACACCCCUGGAGACGCCGGAGGCCCUGCCCCCCGUGCUGGUGCAUGGCACCUUCUGGCGCCACUGGCCUUCCAUUCUGCGCAGCGGCCUGUCGUGCUGUGGGCGGACUCACAUCCACCUGGCGCCAGGCCUGCCUGGGGACCCCAAGGUCACCAGCGGUCUGCGGGCAAACUGCGAAGUGGCUGUGUUCAUUCAUGGAUCCCUGGCCCUGGCAGAUGGAAUCCCCUUCUUCCGCUCCGCCAAUGGGGUGAUCCUGACUCCAGGCAAUGCUGAGGGCUUCCUGCCUCCCAAGUACUUCAAGGAGGCCCUGCAGCUCCGGCCCAGCCGAAAGCCACUCUCCUUGUCUGGUGAUGUAGAGACUGAGCGUCAGAAUGGCUCCCAGCACUGGUCCAGAGGAAGAACAGUCCCCCAAUAAAAUAUUUAUUUAAAAGAUAAAGGUAUAAGAUUAACAAAAGAGAAACUUCAGUUUGUACCAUGA